AGGCGCGGCGCCCAGGCGGGCCGCGUCUUCGCCUGUUCUCCGGUCCUUCCGUUUGGGGUCUGGCAGCCACGCUCUUCUGUCCCCCGCGGGGGUAGGAACCGCGUCCUCAUGGCCGAGGUGAAGGUGAAGCUGCAGCCGCCCGACGCGGACCCGGUAGAGGUAGAAAGCAGGAUUAUAGAAUUAUGUCACCAGUUCCCUCAUGGAAUCACAGACCAAGUAAUUCAAAAUGAAAUGCCUCAUAUAGAAGCUCAGCAGCGGGCAGUGGCAAUCAAUAGACUGUUGUCUAUGGGUCAGUUGGAUCUCUUAAGGAGCAAUACAGGCCUGCUGUAUAGAAUAAAGGAUUCUCAGAAUGCUGGUAAAAUGAAGGGAUCAGAUAACCAAGAGAAACUAGUUUAUCAGAUCAUAGAGGAUGCAGGAAAUAAAGGAAUAUGGAGCAGAGAUAUCCGGUACAAAAGUAAUUUGCCAUUAACAGAAAUUAACAAAAUUUUAAAGAAUUUGGAAAGUAAAAAGCUUAUCAAAGCUGUUAAAUCUGUGGCAGCCUCGAAAAAAAAGGUGUAUAUGCUCUAUAACCUGCAGCCUGACCGGUCUGUGACUGGUGGAGCCUGGUACAGUGACCAGGAUUUUGAAUCUGAAUUUGUAGAGGUGCUUAACCAACAGUGUUUUAAGUUCCUACAAACGAAGGCAGAAACAGCCCGAGAGAGCAAACAGAAUCCAGUGAUACAGAGAAAUAGUUCGUUUGCUUCAUCACAUGAAGUGUGGAAAUACAUCUGUGAACUGGGGAUUAGUAAGGUAGAGUUGUCCAUGGAGGACAUUGAAACCAUUUUGAAUACACUCAUAUAUGAUGGGAAAGUGGAGAUGACUAUCAUCGCUGCAAAAGAAGGCACAGUUGGCAGUGUAGACGGACGCAUGAAACUCUACAGGGCAGUCAAUCCAAUCAUCCCACCCACGGGGUUGGUCCGGGCCCCCUGUGGACUCUGCCCGGUUUUUGAUGACUGCCGUGAAGGUGGUGAGAUUUCACCAUCUAACUGUGUUUACAUGACAGAAUGGCUCGAAUUUUAGUAGAGGGCUAGGAACUUUAUGAUAUUUUUCAAAUGAAGUUACUUUGGGAGCAAGUAAUUUAACUCAUGAUGGAACAUCAAAUUCCCGUGAAAGCAAACUUCACAAUAAUGGAUACAGACUUGCUGCUAUGAAAAUAUAUAUUUUUUAUCUAUGAAGACUAAAUUUAUAUUGGUAGAGUAUCCAACAGGAUAUGAAGCAGGUAAGUGAAGUCCAUUCUUGAAUAAAUAAAAUACUCUGAAGUUCUGGACAACAACAUUGGAAGCUUUCAAGACUUGAUUGUCCAAGAAAAAAGAAGCCAACAAAUGCAUAUUCACCACUGGAUAAUGGCUAGAGUCUAAAAACGCUUGUUUUGAAGUUAUUUAUUAGUUUUCAGGGAAAUUGUUUAUACUGGUUCACUAUCACCAUUUAUGUUUUCUCAGUGGUUCCAGUGAGAAGAAAUUAAAACAGGGAGGGCGGGAAGAGCAGAGCAGUCUACGCACUGUGAAUGGAGGGGAGAGUUGGAACAUCCCUUUCCCACACUAUUGAUUCCUUUUUACGUAAGAAAUAUUUAGAGGAUUACGCCACUGCGUUUACCGCAAACCUAAAUGACUAUUGUUAAUAUGUUUUCAGUCCAUAAAUAAUAUUAUUCUCAUCCUAAAGGAUUCUUUUCACUAGAUCUUCUUUGUUAAAGUCUUACAAGUUCACUCUGUGACUCAAUUGUGUUAUUUACUAGGAUUUUCCCCCUAGAUUCUUAGUAUUUUAAAUUAAAUACUAAUUAAAUUAAAUUAGUUAACUGCUAAAUAAUUAAAAUUAAAACUAAAAGUAA